AUGUUGCAAUCGAUCCGACUUUCGGCGGUCCGGUCCUUCUCGUCCACGACUGCAAGGCUUUCCAAUGUGGGCAAGCAACCCAUAAAACUAGGAGAAGGCGUAGAAUGUUACACGGAAGGCAUUCCAUACGAGUUUUGCAAGUCGUUCACGAAAGGUAAAAACACCAUUAAAUUGAAUAAACAAGUCAUUGUAAAGGGACCAAAAGGAGUACUCAAGGUGGCAGUUCCCGAGUUUGUCAAGGUGGAACUGGGAGAUGGCUUGGUCAAGGUUAGCGUGAAUGAUGCUAACGACAAAAUUCAACGUACGAUGUGGGGAACUUCUAGAGCGUUGAUACAAAACCAUAUAAUAGGAACAUCCGAGGGUCAUUUGGCGAUUGUUAAGUUUGUUGGUACGGGAUACAGAGCCACUAUUGAGCAGAAGAGCGAUGGUACCUAUAUCGCCUUGAAAAUAGGAUUUCCAUACAACCCUGAGUUGAAGGUUCCAGAAGGCUUGCUGGUGAGUUCUCCAGCACCUACUAGACUUUUAAUUGAAGGUAAAGACAAGCAGCAAGUGAAACUCUUUGCUGCACGCAUCAGAGAGCACAAAAAGCCCGAACCAUAUAAAGGUAAGGGAAUUUAUGUGGAUAACGAAACGAUAAAGUUGAAAGAAAAGAAGGUGAAGUAA